GCUAUGUGCGGCCAGUGAAAAAGAGCUUGGACGCAACCAAAAUAAAAUGCAGAGGGCUGCAACAAAAGCCUUUGAAAGCUCAUAAUCAACAGCCUUCUAAAGCGCUAAUACGAUUAUCCUCUUUUUUAAAAGCUCAGAAAAACAUAAACGAGCGACAAACCAUGAAGUUCCUUCAGACUGUUUCAUUCUUCUUGGUAGCCCAAAUGGCUGCAGCCGACCAUGGCGUGGUGCCUCUUCAACCCUUUUGCGGAGUUGAAACACUGGGGACCAACCCCCUCACGGGCGCCAGUGGCUUCUGCCAGCACAAGGAGCUCACUCUGCCUACCAAGGAUGAAGUGUGUGCCUAUUCCAUGGACUCCCCACUUUCCUAUGGGAAGGUAGCUACUAGUGAUGCAGGCACCAUUGAUGUCGCCGAAGAAUGUCCUACUCCCAAUCCCCUGCCCCCUCGCCGGGAAUUGCACCAAUGCGAGAUGUACCACAAGGUUUUUGAGGACGGUGUGGACUUGGAUACGAGUAUUCCUGAUAUUACAAAGUGUCAGUUGAAGCGAGGAGGUGGGGCUUUGAAGUAUGAACCCAACUUUCCCAAAGACAGGCCUGAUGUAUACAUUGAAGUUGAGCUCAACGCACCCCCUUAUCCCAGAUUCCAAUUCUAUCCUGCAUUGUUUCCCAACUGGGAAUCCAGUGACGGGAAAAUGGCCAGUUCUGAUAGUACUGGUUAUGUCCCUGUCCUCAACAAGACCGUCUAUGAUAUUCUCUACUGGAAUCAACCAGAUGAGGGAGGAACAGGAUUCAAGUUCCGAUACAUCAGCAAGAAUGGACCUGGAGCGUGGGAAGCAUGCUCCUAUUCCCCCAUUGCCUUUGAUCUGGGAAUGGAUGGAACUGUUGGGCACAUUGUUGAUGAAACAAAUGGAUUCAAGAUUGAUAUCACCGGUGAUGGAGAGAUUGAACACUUGAAGCAAUGGUUUGCUCCAACUGAAGGGAUCUUGAUUGAUGCUCACAACGUUGAUGGUUUGGAUGACUACAGCAAUGGUAUCAUCACAGGAGACCAUCUUAUGGGAGACAUGGCAGGAACGUACACUGAUGGUUAUGCCAAGCUCAAGACCUACGAUUACAACUGUGAUAACAAACUCACUGGCGAGGAACUCGAAGGUCUUUACAUCUGGGUGGACAAGAAUUCCAACCUCAAGCUUGACAACCCCACUGUCGUUGAUGAUGAUGCUGGUGAGCUGUUCACACUGGGUCACUUUGGUAUUGUUGCUCUGAACACUAUCCAUAACAACCUCAAGUCGUAUGCUGUACUGGCUGAUGGCACGAGAAUGCUGAUGCAUGAUCUUUGGUUUGAUGGAUUUGAUGAGCGCCGUCGCCUGCGAUCCAGACAACUCGAAGGUACCAAGUGGACAUCCCAUGGUAUCGAGGGAAGACGCCUCUUGGAAGAUGAACGCCGUCUUGGCAAGGGUAAGGGCAAGGACGAGGACAAGGGCAAGGGCAAGGACGAGGACAAGGGCAAGGAGGACGACGAGAAUGUCGAUGAUGGCUUGCCAAAGAACUAUAAGAGGGACUGGGAUGUAGAGGAAGUUGCGCAGGAGAGAGACGCGUGUGAAUACGCUAUUCUGUGUGCGCCCGGGACCGAACAACCUGAAACCAGGUCUGGAAAUGAGGAUCCCUCCUGUGGAGCCAGUCCUGUUCCCUCCUCUGUAACCUAUGGAACAUAUGGUGGCAAUCCCCAGUGUCACUCGGGUGGAUCUGAUACUCCCCUUGGAUUUGAUUUUGGAUGGAAGAUGACUGGUUGCACUUCUGGUACCUACACGCUUAACACUGGUGGAGAGAUCAAGGGGUCUUGUGGCAUUGCUGACAAGAUCACGCUCAAUGUUCAGUGUAACGCGGACAAGUCUGCAACUAUCUCCUGGAGUGGCGAGGGCAGUUCCAAUGUGGCCAUCAAGAUGAAGGGAGGAAAUGGUGGAACCCUCUAUGAUGCUAGUACGAAUGGAAGUGACUUCAUUACCGGUCGAAACGGUGGAGGCAAUAUUGCAGACAUCAGCCACAUUGAAGUCUGUGUGAACUGUGUAGGAGCAGACUGUUACAAGACGCCACUAACCACUGACCCCGUCACAAACCCUCCCCCCACUGAUCCCGUCACCAAUGCUCCCCCCACUGAUCCCAUCACCAAUGCACCCCCCACUUCGUGUGGCGACAACGCUUGGCUUGGUCUCACCCUGUAUGAAGUUGCUUCCCAGAACAUCCCUUACCCCUAUUGCGGUUGUCUUGGUCAAGAAGAGCCCCUCCAAGGUCAAAGCUUGUUCAACAACAAGGGCGAGUGUCACAAGGUGAACAUUUGUCAUGGAAAUGCUGGUCAUGGCUGGAACAAACAAACUGUUUCCCGUGCUUCCCUUGAUCCCACCAAAACUAAUGGCCAUGCCGGCUUCAAUCACAACAAGCCAGGAGCCAACAAGAGACCUGACUACUUCCCAGGAACCAAGUCGGUUCCCAACCCCAACGGAGCCGGAAAGAACUCUGGAAUGCUGGACGGGGACUGUGGCUUCCAGUGUGCCUCGGAAGAGUUCACCUGUGCUGAUGGAACCGUGGUCACCCGAACUCUCCCAGACUGUGACUUCGCUGCCUGUCCUUCUGCUGAAACCGAUCCCGCACCAAUCGUCACGGAUCCCGCACCAACGGAGAAGGAUCAAUGGAUGUGGCUCAAUGGUGAAGCCCUUGAUCAGCGUGAGGCCGGCGAAUUCCAUCACGAAGAUGUCUCUGGAUUCUUGCUCCGACACAAGCACGCCAGCAACCGUGAAGCCAGGUUCUAUUUUGGAGAAGGAGAAGUCCUGAUGAUCAAGUCUUUCCAUGAAUUCCUCCGCGUUGAGCGUCGUCUCUCGGAAGGAAUAUCCGAGGAUGUUGCGGAGAAGGCAUGUGGUCACUUAUCUGGUGACGACAAGAAGUCCUGCAUCUACGACGUGUUGGCCACUCAGGAUACAUCAAUGGCGAAAGCAUGGUAG